UAAUUCACCAGAAUUUGUACAAUGAAUAUUGUAGUUUUUUUUAUUUUUUUCAUUUUAUUUUCUCCAAAAAUUGUUUCGUCUUGGAAUGAAAAAGAGCACUUGCAGUUAAAAGACGUUAUACAAGAAGCUUCCGCAGAACUUGACUUCUUUAUUGAAAAUAUUUCUUCCUUCAUUAUUUACAAUAUAUUAUCCGAUAUCAGAACUUUUACUGGUUCUAGAAAGAUUCAAAUACAAUUCUGGAAAUAUAGUACUAUUAAAGUUGAGGGAGUAAAUAAAAGUGAUGUAUUAAAUAAUUUGUAUACUAAAAAUCAACUUUAUAUUCUUAAAGAAUUUCAUAAUGAUAUUGGAAAUUAUUUGAAAAAAAAUUUAGGAUCAGGAUUAACAUGGAAUGUUAAUGUAUAUCCUAACUAUAUUGUUGUUGAAAUAACUUAUAAUACUGAUUUUAACGCAAUUAAAUAUUUUUCCAAGAAACUUAAGAAAUUUGGUGAUGAGUUAUGAAAAUAUAUAAACUACAUAUCAUGUAUGUAAUUUGUAAAAUAUCAAAAUGAUUAUAAUUAGUUUCUCGUCCAAUAAAAGUCGCUAUAAACGGUAAAGUGAUUAUCAAACCAACCAUUCGAGGGAUGGUGAAUACGAAAUAGAUAAAUAGAUCCAAUUUCAAGUGAAAAUUUUUCAC